GUCUCACUGAAACUGUGAAAAUUUUAUCUCUUUUAUAGAUAAAGAAUCUUGCUUUUUUCAGUUUUCAGUAUGAAGAAGAAUUGAAGAGAGUGUCCGAGGAAGGAGACCUUUGGUUUCAGUUUGUGAGUCUUGUUGUAAUGGCUUUAUCAAUGGAGUUUGGGUUUUCAAUUGGGUCAUGCUUCAAGGCACCAAACCCACCUGUUCUAAUCUCUGCAAGCCCUAAUAAGAUCAAUUUCACGUUGAGAAGGAGAAAGAAAAGAUUCUUACUUAGAGUCUCUGCUGUGUCGUAUAAGGAAUUCGCAGAGUCUGCUUUAGAAGAAACCAGGAAAAGGAUCGUUCUUGAACCUUCACAUCUCCAGGAAAAGUAUAGUAGCAUGACAGGACUAGAUGGUAAGACCGAACUUCAAAUGCUUGCUUUUAAAUCUUCAAAGAUUAGACUCUUGAGGAGUAUGGCAAUAGAGAAUGAGACAAUGCAGGUCUUUGACUUUGCGGGUUUCAUGGAGCCUGAGUAUGAUACUCCCAUAUUCUGUGCUAACUUUUUCACAUCUACCAACGUUAACAUAGUUGUAUUGGACCUUAAUCCUUUGCAUCAGUUGACUGACCAGACGGAUUACCAAGACAAGUAUUAUAACAAGAUAAUGUCCAUAUAUCACAAAUAUGCUGAGACUUUCCCAUGGGGAGGGAAAUUGACUGGUGAAUCCAUAAAGUUUUUCUCGCCUUUGGUGAUGUGGACUAGGUUUUCGUCUAGCAAAGAAAAACAUAAGGCUUUGUUCUCUGCGUUUCUAGAGUACUAUCAGGCAUGGCUUGAGAUGACAAUCCAAGUGAGGGAGGAGAUGGAACCAUCUCAUGUGAGAGCCAAUUGUGAAGCACAACACAAGUACCUGACAUGGCGAGCACAAAAGGAUCCUGGACAUGGUCUUCUUAAAAGAUUAGUAGGUGAAGCAAAGGCAAAGGAGCUGCUAAGGGAUUUCCUGUUCAAUGGGGUGGAUGAGUUAGGCACAAAAACAUUCAUUGAUUACUUUCCAGAGUACCAAACAGAAGAUGGAACUGUAAGCGAUAAACGAAGUAUCAUUGGGAAGUCAUAUGAAACUCGUCCAUGGGAUUUAACAGGACAAUUUAUCGGCUAACAAUGAUAUAUGUGAACAAGUCAGAUUUCAGAGUCAUCAACACAAGAGGACGUGAACUUAGGGAAGUAGGAAUAAGAAAGAGCAGCAUGAGGAGUCUCUCAGGUCUAUCUGCAUUUCAAGAUGAUUGUUUGAGUUACCAUGCAUUGUAGUUUUACAAGUGUAGCUCUCAGCCCUUCAUCAAAAUGAGAAUCCUCGAGUAUGAUAUGAUUUUAAUGAAAAUGUAUUCGUCUCUACCUAAUCAACAGAGAUUAACUUAUAAAAAUCCAGACAUAAACAUAUCAUAACUCUAACAUCCAGACAUAAACAUCAUGCGUUAGGUAACCAAGGCAGAUGAUGAUUAGCGAGCUUAAUAACUUAAACAUCUAGACAAAAAGCAUAACAAGUAAAUAAAAAGGAAGGUUGCACAAGUUAAAAACACCCAAGAGGUUCGUCUGCGAGCUUUCUUCUACUCCAAAGUCAUCUUUGGCUUCUUAAUUAUCUUCUUUUUUGCAGUCCUCUUUGGCUUCUUAAUUAUCUUCAUUAUGGCAGCCAUCUUUGGCUUUUCAUCUAUAAAGUAACAACGAAAGUUUGUUACACUUGGUUAACAGGA